CUUAUCUACCUCAUCAGCUUACCCGCAUUCCUCGCAUCUAUCGCCCUGUAUUCAUUCUCUACAACGGCGCCCUCAUCAUCAGUAUUGGCGACACUACAACACACCUACCGAACUCACCUCUGAUCCACCGUCACAAUGGUCAUGGACAAUCCCACCCAGAACUUCCACUUCAACAUACCCUUCCUCGGGAACUCUCACAAGCCGACACACAGAAAUGAGCUCCGCAUUCCAUUUCUGGGCUUCCUGCCAAACAAAACCCGCAACCACUUCAUCGCCAUGGUAGGCGAGUUUAUUGGAACGUUCCUCUUCCUCUUCUUCGCUUUCAGUGCAACCCAAGUCGCCAACGCCGCCGCGGCCGGUGUGCAAGACGGUACGACAGGUACUGCCGGUACCAAGAAUGGCAUCUCCCAGGUCCCAAAUGCCAGCACGCUCAUGUACAUCUCCCUGGCCUUCGGUUUUAGUCUGGCCGUCAACGCAUGGGUGUUCUUCCGUAUCAGCGGUGGCCUCUUCAACCCAGCCGUCACUCUUGGAAUGGCCUUGAUUGGAGCCGUCACGUGGCGGAGAGCUGGACUCAUCUUCAUUUCGCAGGUCCUGGGCUCCAUCGCAGCUUCGGGUAUCGUCGCCGCUCUGUUUCCCGGUCCUCUGAAUGUCACCACCACGCUCAACUCAACGACCUCUAUUACGCGAGGUCUCUUCAUCGAAAUGUUCCUCACCGUCGAACUCGUCUUUACGAUCUUCAUGCUGGCUGCCGAAAAGCACAAGGCAACUUUCAUCGCACCCAUCGGAAUCGGUCUUGCACUCUUCAUUGCUGAAUUGACUGGCGUCUAUUUCACCGGAGGAGCCGUUAACCCUACCCGCGCUUUCGGCCCCUGCGUUGUCCUCGGCUCGUUCCCUGGCUACCACUGGAUCUACUGGUUGGGUCCGCUUCUCGGCUGCCUCGUCGCUGUCGGCUUCUACCACUUCGUCAAGACGCUCGAAUACGAAACCGCCAACCCCGGACAGGACUUCAACGAGCACGAGGCGGACGCUUUCUCAUUCGACGAGGAGAACGCCGCGACCGGAGCUGAUGUGAAUCGUCCCGGACUCAUGGCGCGGAAUAGCAUGCCGCCGAACAGCAUCGGUCAGGAGAACAGCACCGGGCAUAAUACCCUUUCCAAGAACCGAAGCAACGAGCCAAAGCCUGUCGUCGGAGCUUACGGUGAUGGUGAUACUGUGCAGGAGAGCAACAAGGUCGUCAGUGGAGGGAUGGAGGUCGUGCAGCCGGGCGAGAAGACAAAUGGUACGCCCAAACCCAGCAGGCAGAGCAGGGUGGACGGUGCGAUCAGUGAAGAGGACGAGGAGAGCUUGGAGGGCGAGCGAUCAUAUGAGCGUGGUCCUGAUGCGGAGAGUGGCAUGAUGCAUCCUGGCUUUGGCGGCGAGAAGGAACGUCAGGAUUAG